CACUCCACCUCACUCGCCCUCGCCCGCCGCCGUCGCUGCCCGUCCGCCAUGUCGACGCUCCUCUCGCCCGAGACGCUCGCCGGCAAGAUGCUCUUUGCCAUCCCCAAGAAGGGCAGGCUGUACGAGAAGUGCCUCGAGCUGCUCGCCGGCGCAGACAUUCAGUUCAAGCGCGCCCACCGCCUCGACGUCGCGCUCGUGCAAAACCACCCCAUGGCGCUCGUCUUCCUGCCCGCGGCCGACAUUCCGCGCUUCGUCGCCGAGGGCAACGUCGACCUCGGCAUCACGGGCCAGGACAUGGUCGCCGAGGCCGGCCUCUCCUCGGAGCUGACCGAGGAGCUGGAGCUGGGCUUCGGCAAGUGCGCGCUGCAGGUGCAGGUGCCCGAGAGCAGCUCCUUCAAGGAGCCCAAGGACCUCGUCGGCAAGAAGGUGGCCACCAGCUUCGACCGCCUCGCCGGCGAGUACUUUUCCAAGCUGCAGAGCGACGAGGAGAAGAAGACGAUCAUCGAGUACGUCGGCGGCAGUGUGGAGGCGGCAUGCGCGCUCGGACUGGCAGACGGCAUCGUGGACCUCGUCGAGUCGGGCGAGACGAUGCGCGCCUGCGGCCUGCACCCCAUCGCCACGCUCCUCACCUCGCAGGCCGUGCUCAUCCGGCCGACGACGCCGCACGAGCGCGCCGACACGGCGCUGACGAAGCUGGUCACCUCGCGCAUCCGCGGCGUCAUUGCCGCUGCGCGCUACGUGCUCGUCGAGUACAACGUGCAGAAGAGCACGCUCGACAAGGCGCUGCAGAUCACGCCCGGCCGCCGCGCGCCCACCGUGAGCCCGCUGGACGACCAGGGCUGGAACGCGGUGAGCGUCAUGGUGCUGCGCAAGGAGGUCGCAAACGUCAUGGACUCGUUGGAGGAGAUUGGCGCGUGCGACAUCUUCGUCGUGCAGCUGGCCAACUGCCGGAUAUAGGUGCCGCGGGGCGGCGGUGCACUCGGACAUAGAGAGAGGCCAAUGCAAAGUCUAUACAGCUGGG